CGCUCCCGCGCUGGCGGGUCUUCUUGGCGUGACGGAAGUGACGUCACGGCGUCAACAUGUAAGAUGGCGACGCAUCACAGGCAGAAUGCAGCGGGGCGCAGGAAAGUGCAGGUGUCGUAUGUGAUCAGAGACGAGGUGGAGAAAUAUAAUCGUAAUGGAGUCAACGCACUACAGCUGGACCCAGCUCUUAACCGGCUCUUCACCGCCGGACGAGACUCCAUCAUCAGGAUAUGGAGCGUCAACCAGCACAAGCAGGAUCCGUACAUUGCAUCAAUGGAGCACCACACAGACUGGGUCAAUGACAUCGUCCUGUGCUGCAACGGGAAAACACUGAUCUCGGCGUCAUCAGACACCACAGUGAAGGUCUGGAACGCACACAAGGGCUUCUGCAUGUCAACGCUGCGAACGCACAAGGACUAUGUGAAAGCACUGGCGUAUGCUAAAGACAAAGAGCUGGUGGCUUCGGCCGGGCUGGACCGACAGAUCUUCCUCUGGGACGUGAACACACUCACAGCACUGACCGCAUCCAAUAACACUGUCACUAGGUCGCUGAAAAGGACAAAUGCAGAUGUUUCUUCAUCUACAACGUCUUCUCUCAGCGGGAACAAGGACUCCAUCUACAGUUUGGCCAUGAAUCAGAUGGGGACGGUUAUAGUGUCGGGAUCCACUGAAAAGGUUCUGAGAGUGUGGGACCCGCGCACCUGUGCCAAACUAAUGAAACUGAAGGGACAUUCAGACAACGUCAAAUCACUGCUGCUAAACAGAGAUGGAACUCAGUGUCUUUCAGGGAGCUCUGACGGGACGAUCCGGCUGUGGUCUCUGGGUCAGCAGAGGUGUAUCGCCACAUACCGCGUUCAUGAUGAGGGCGUCUGGGCGCUGCAGGUCAACGAGGCCUUCACACACGUUUAUUCCGGGGGUCGCGACCGCAAGAUCUACUGCACAGACCUGCGCAAUCCUGACAUCCGGGUGCUGAUCUGUGAGGAGAAAGCGCCUGUGUUGAAGAUGGAGCUGGACAGGUCAGCUGAUCCGCAUUCGGCCAUCUGGGUUUCCACCACGAAGUCCACGGUUAAUAAAUGGUCUCUAAAGGGAAUCCAUAAUUUCCGAGCGUCUGGAGAUUAUGACAACGACUGCAGCGCGCCGCUGACGCCACUGUACACGCAGCCCGAACAGGUUAUUAAAGGUGGCGCCAGUAUAAUUCAGUGCCACAUUCUGAAUGACAAAAGACACAUUCUGACCAAAGACACCAACAAUAAUGUGGCAUACUGGGAUGUGCUUAAGGCUUGUAAAGUUGAAGACUUGGGGAAGAUGGAGUUUGAUGAAGAGAUCAAGAAAAGGUUCAAGAUGGUUUAUGUGCCGAACUGGUUUUCAGUGGAUCUGAAGACGGGGAUGUUGACUAUAACGCUGGACGAGAGCGACUGUUUUGCGGCCUGGGUUUCUGCUAAAGACGCUGGAUUCUCCAGUCCUGACGGAUCCGACCCUAAACUGAAUCUGGGCGGGCUUCUGCUUCAGGCUCUGCUGGAGUACUGGCCUCGCACACACAUCAACCCCAUGGAUGAGGAGAGCGAGCUGAAUCAUGGGAGCGUGAAUGGUGAACAUGAGAGCCGGAUACAGAAAGGAAACGGAUAUUUUCAGGUGCCGCCACACACUCCGGUGAUCUUCGGGGAAGCGGGAGGAAGGACAUUAUUCAGGCUGUUGUGUCGAGACUCUGGUGGAGAAACUGAGUCCAUGUUACUCAACGAGACGGUCCCGCAGUGGGUCAUCGACAUCACAGUGGACAAAAACAUGCCCAAAUUCAACAAAAUCCCAUUCUACCUCCAACCACAUUCAUCGUCCGGAGCAAAGACGUUAAAGAAGGAUCGGUUGUCGGCCAGUGACAUGCUACAGGUGAGGAAGGUGAUGGAACAUGUGUAUGAAAAGAUCAUAAACCUGGACAGCGAGUCUCAGACGGGCGGUUCGACCGGAGAGAAGCCCAGCGAACAGAAGGAGGAGGAGGACAUGGCAGUGCUAGCGGAGGAGAAGAUCGAGCUGCUCUGUCAGGACCAGGUUCUGGACCCCAACAUGGACCUGCGGACGGUGAAGCACUUCAUCUGGAAGAGCGGCGGCGACCUGACGCUUCACUACCGGCAGAAAUCCACGUGAAACUCGCAUCGGAUCCAUCAUUCGCAACACUUCCCAUUCAAAGCACACGCUCACCUGCACUUCCCGGUUCUGUCUGACGUCUAGAUCACCAGGCCGCCGGCGUCACGCAUGUUUAUCCCAGUGGAAGCGAGCAGGAGAAACGCUGUGGAGAAACGCUCAAAGACGUGACAUGGAAAGGACAGUGGCUUUUAAUGAAGUUUGAGUU